AUGGGCAAACGCAACAAUCAUCGACGUCGGCCGUUGACAUCAGGCCUUGAUCUCUCCCGAGCUGUCCCCCGUGUCAACUAUCCAUCGGGAGCCACAGGCCCAACGUCACCGCCAGAAACCCCCACCGGAUCGCCACAAAUGGCCCGCAAGCCACCACGGCACCGGGCCGCCUUCUUUGGCUACUCUAGUCGUCCACUGGAACAGGAUCCCAACAUCAAGCCCGUUGGCGACGGUCAUCAAUUCAGCUACCGGAGAGUCAUUGGACCGGAGCGAUUAAGUCCCAGAUCGUCGUCAUCGGAUCAGCCUGAAGACGGAGAGGAGCAAGAACAAGGAGCGUUGGAUGACGAUUCGUCCGUGUCCAAUCUGAUACAGCCUCAGAGUAUCAUCAAUUCGUCUCCUGCAGUUUCGCCCGAGGACAGAAGCUUUGGACUUGAUAGGGGAGCUUCCGAGGACGGCGAUGAUGAGGUUGAGGAGAACGAUGACGAUGAAGACGAUGACGACGACGACGACGGAGGGGAUGAAGACCACGAAGUGAAGCAACAAUACUACGAGGACGAACAAGAAGCACGAGUGGAAGUCAAUGCAAAUGCACCAUCUUAUUUUCGUGCGCCUCCGGAGCCCAGAUCUGUUACCACAUCACUAGCGGGCUCUGAGGCAGAAGAUGGAGCAGCCUGCCAGUCCCGAGCGACAGCCGCCCCCGACCCCGCUCCCGCCACCCUAAUCUGUGAAUUGAUUAUUGAGGAUAUCGAUCCAAUGGACAGUGGCUGCGAAGGUCUCGAUGUUCUCUUUCCUACCGAGAUUGAGUCCAAUCCAAGUCGGUCAAGGUCACGCCACAAAUACUCUGACAAAAAGAUGGUGCGGGAUUUCAAGAACCUCAGCUGCCGUAACGAUGCCUCGGAGGACGAAGUAGAUGCUGAGGGUGGAUCUGGUGUGGAUACCGAAGUUGCCUUUCUGAAGAGACAAAGGGAGAUGCGACGGAUCCGAAGAGUUAGCAUGUCGAGCACCGGAAAGCGAACGCACAGCGAGUUCAGCGAGAUUACCGAUUCGGACAACUCUGACAAUGGUGGUCUUGAUGUCAAUGAGGUCGGAUCGAGCGCGCGAAAAUUGCGCAAACGACUGCACCGAGGUAGCCUCCUUUUCCAAGAUCCUCCCGCUCCACGUAUCGACGAGCUCGACGAACCGACCUCGAGCGAGAAUGAAUAUGACGCCGCAGAUCCACUGGCUCGUGAACUUCCGUACUGGACAAUGGAAAUUAUGGAAGUGGAAUCGCCAUAA